AUGAUCGGAUUACCUGAUUUAUCUCUUGAUAAAUCAAUUGAUAGUACAACUUCGAAUACUGAUCGUUCAUUUUCAAUCAUUUCUUCAUCUCUUGAUCAAUACUCAUCGAGUAAUGUUAAAUAUAAUCCAUCAAAUAUAAAAAUAUUGUUAAAAAAACAACCAGAAAAAUACGUGCUUGUCGACAAUCACAAAGUGAAUCAUGCAAAACCAUCUCCCUGUUGGAAUCGAUUUGCUCUUCCUGUUGUAAAAAAUGAAAAUAAUCGUCAUAUUGUUAUUAAAAAUUUUGCAACGUGUCGAUCUUGUUAUGCAACUUAUGCAUUUACAUAUGGAUCAACCAAAUCACUAAAUUCUCACAAAUGUGUCAAAGAAUCAUCAUCAAUAUCUACAUCACCUAGUCCUAAAUCACCAUCAUUGAAUUCGA